AGCUGGCUGUCUCGCUGAGCUGCGCUGGGCGGCUGAGCUCAGAGUCUCGUCGGCAUCCGCUGCGGGCACCUUUGGAUAGCUCUGCGCCGCCGGGGGAGCUGGCCUUUGUUCGCUUCCAGGGCACCAUCCGUUUUGACCCCAAAGUAGACCUUCGGAGAGACCUCCCUUCCUUUCUGUGCCUGGCCGGUUACUUUGGGCAGAAGGAGGAGGGGGGGGGGUGUGCCCCGACGGCAGAAUCCGGCGGCAGCAUGUCCGAAGAGGCACUCCUGAGCAUGGACGAAGGCACGCUCCGGAAAUUGCUGGAAGCAACCCUGGACUUGGCCGAGCGCAGGCAGAUCCGUUCGGCCAUCCGGGAGCUGCGCCGGCAGGAGCUGGAGCGUGAUGAGGAGGCACUGGCGUCGAAGCGCUUCCGGACGGAACGGCAGGAGAACAAGGAGAACCGGCUGAGGUCCUGGCAGCGAGAAGAGGAACAGCGGCAACAGAAGUCUCUGGAUGCCCUUUCGCGAAAGCUGGAGAACAUCCAGGAGGUGGAGGAGCUGACUGCCUUGCUGCGAGGAACCAGCGAGUACGAGGAACGUAAACUCAUCCGGGCUGCUAUCCGCCAGCUGCGCGCGGAAGAAAUUGAAGCUGCAAAGUUGGCGGGGAAAGCUUUCCAUCACCGAAGGGCCACCGAAACGGCUCGGGCGUCCAAGGACCAAGAUGAAAAUGCUGCAGGGGACAGAAAGGCCCAGGUGCAAAAGCGAGCAGGGCAGGAGCUGAUUGAAAACCAGGUCCAGGAGCAGCUGGAUCCCAAGGUGGCUGAUGGUCCAGAACCUCCUCUGGGGACCGUCCUGCUCCUGGAAGCUGUCCCCAGCCACCCGCUUUCCAAGCCAGCGCCUUUCCCAGAGGGCGAGGCGAGCGGUGAAGACCCUGGGCCAAAUUCCCAUGAGCAAGAUUCCAGUCCCGAACCACAGCCGCCUUCGGAGGAGGAGGAGGAGGAGGAGGAGGAAGAAGCUGGAGGCCUGGCGCCCCCCAAAGUCCAGGAGGGGCUGACCUCCUCCGAAGGGGAAGCCGCCUCUCAAACCAGGGAAGAGGAGCAGCGGGAGAGGGGCAGCGUCGCGGGGGACGCCCCCCAAAAAGAAGAGUCUCUCCUGAGCCAGAAGAGAGAGAUUGUGCCUCAGGCCCCAGAAGAGGGAGCAGGAGAAGGUGCUGCAGGCCAGGAGGGAGACAGAGAAGCAACUGGAGGCUCCCGAACAGUAGAAACGGACAGCUGCAAAGCUCCUUCGAAGCCACCUGGUGCAGAGCCGUGCCGGGAGCAGCCCUUCCAAAGAGCCGGCUCCAUCCGCGAGCGCGCUCGCCAGUUCAGCUCGGACCCCACAAACCGUCCUCCGGCUGCGCCCCAGAAGGCCUCCGGAGGGCCGCCCGUUCCGUCGCAGCAACAGCACCGUCUUCUGCCCUCCCGCCACGCGGCCAACUCACCCUUGAGGGAUCGCGGCACCACCACCACCGCCGUCCGGACGCUGCAGGCCGGCAGCAAGGCGCAGGAGGCAGCCCGGGCGGUCCCUACUCACGCCAAGGCUGGGGCGGGCAGGCCCCCUUCGCAGGCUCCGUCUGUCCCUCAAGAGGCGGACGGCCCCCAAGGGCGGAUCCAGGCCGGCCAAUGGCAGGAGAGGAAGCUGCCCCCCGCCCGGUCCAGGGUUGAAAACGCCAAGGGGGGCUCCCCGGACUCAGAGGUGCUCCGCGACCAGCCAAGCGGCACUGCCCACAGCCCGGCAGGCUCCCUGGUCCGCCGCCCAGCUGCCCACCCUGACGACGAGAUGAAGACCCUCCUGACCAUCGAGAUCAAGGACAGCCGGCAUCAGCCUCUACGGGGCCACCUCGUGGGGGGCCCCGGGAACCAGCAAGCAGAGCUCACCUUGGGUCUGAGGAACUCCCCGCUGCGAAUCACCUCCUCCAGCCAUGGCAGCUCCAGCGGCAGCUUUGAGAAGAUGGAUGCCAAGCUGCCAACGCAGCCCAAGGUGUCCCUGCUGACCAGGACGGAGAAGGAAAAGGCAGUGGAAGAGCAGAAACCGAACCGACUGAGCGCCGAGGAGCUGGGCAAAAUUGAGGAAGAAGACGUCUUGGAUAAGAUGCUGGACCAGACCAGAGAUUUUGAGGAGCGACGGCUGAUCCGGGCAGCCAUGCGGGAUCUGCGCCAGCGGAAGCGAGACCAGCGAGAGAAGGAGCGGAACGAGCGGCUGCAAGUGUCCAAGGCGAAGGGGGGCUCCCACACCACCGAGACCACCGCCCAGCAAAGCAGGACGUCCGCGGACGGCUCGGCUAUCAGCAUGGUUACCAAGACCCAGCGCCUCGUGCAAUCCAAUGAUGGCAACAAAGCAUCCCGCACAAUCACAAUGGAGGCAAGCUACACAAAGAGAUCAGAAAAAGACGGCAACACCUUUGUCCAGACCAAAUCCUACAGCUCGUCUUCCAAGAAAGUGGGCAGCAUCUUCGAACGGGAGGAUCCGAGCCCCAGGUCCGGGGGCAGUCUAGCUGACUUGGAGCGGCGCCAAGCCGAGAGGAAGAAGGAGAUCAUGAAGGCCCAGGCCAUGCCCAAGAUGUCCGCCUCGCAGGCGCGCAAGGCCAUGAUUGAGAAAUUGGAGAAGGAGGGUGGGAGCCCCGCCAACCCUGCCAUGGCCCGGGUGGGCGUCCAGCGCUCCUCCAGCUUCGGGGUUCCCAACGCCAACACCAUCAAGCAGAUGCUUCUGGACUGGUGCCGUGCCAAGACCCGGGGCUACGAGCACGUGGACAUCCAGAACUUCUCCUCCAGCUGGAGCGACGGGAUGGCCUUCUGCGCUCUGGUCCACAACUUCUUCCCCGAGGCCUUUGACUACACGCAACUCUCGCCCCAGGACCGGAGGCACAACUUUGAGAUGGCCUUUUCCGCAGCUGAGAUGCUGGUGGAUUGCGUCCCGCUGGUCGACGUGGAAGACAUGAUGAUCAUGGGCAAACGCCCGGAUGCGAAGUGCGUCUUCACCUACGUCCAGUCCCUCUACAACCACCUGCGGCGUUACGAGCUUCAGCGGCGGCAGGCGCACCUGUAGCCUUCUCCUCUUCCGAGGGACCCCCUCUCCCCCCCGCCAAAGGCUGGGCGGGCAGUCGAGGAGCAGGGGGGUGGGGGAAAGCUUUCCCCACUCUUCCCCACCUCCUGUUCUUCUGGGGGCUGCAGCAGCACCCGUUUCCCCCACCGCAGGCCAACCGUUUGGCAAAUUUGGACCACACCGAGUGCCGGGUGAGGCCGCCCGGCACAGAAAAAGGGAACACCGUAAGGUUUGACUGCCGACUCUGCACCACACUUGCUUUUUAUACUAAGGUUGCUUUGAUUGUGAUAAGUUAUUCUGUUUUUUUAAAAAAAAAACGCCCCCUCCCCAGUCCUGACGGUACCAGAGCUUUCUUUCCCUGAAGCCCCAAACCCAACAAAAGGGGAUCUGUUUGGAGGCGGCUUGCAAGAAAUCUACUGGAUAUCAGCGUAGGGUCUGUCCGUUGUGUGAGCCCCACGCUGUGUCCGGCGGUUUGGGGGAAAGCUCCCUUCUGCUUUCUCUGCAAACGCAGGCUAGUUCAUUUGAUUGCAGCAGCUUUUUCCCCUCCCACCCACCCCUCGUUCUUAGGGACCACUCCCCCACCCUUCUCAAGGCAAGCCGAACCAGGGGCCCACACGUAGAACCCCUCCUGCUUGGACGCCAGUCUUCCGUGGCCGCCUCGGGGGUUACCCACCAGCAAAGCCCAGCUCGGAUCACGGAGAGCCGUGUGUGUGUUUUCACUGUUUUUUGCCACGCUUUUUUGUCACCGAGAGAGCCGCGAAGGAGGGGGGGAGAGGGCGUGGGAAGGGAAAGAGGGGGAAGUUGUGCUUCUGACCCCACCCAUCCCAAAAUUAGCUCGCCUCGGUCUUUGGGGAGGCAGCCUCUGGCGCUGGGGGUGGGGGGCGCGAUCGUGAAAUCGUGUCCUUUCUUUGGUUCGCAAGAAAAUAUGAAGAGGAGGGGCGCUUUUUAAAAAGCUGAGGUCCGCCGUGGGAUGCGGGAGGGGGCUGUGCCAGCUCUUUCCAUUGGCGGUGACCAACAACAGAUGUUGCCGAGAUGUUCCUUCUGAGGGGUGUGUAUGUGUGUAUCUCAACUUCAUCAUCAAGGAGGACCCAAAUGGGGAGUUUUAUUUCCCGUGGGUUCCCGCCACGGAUCUAUUCCUUGGGUAAACACGCCCGCACGCACACACACACACACACACCAAGCUGCCUUGCCCGCUUCCUCGAGUGACUCCGAAGUGGGGCAGGCCAUUCCUGCGCGGGGUGCCAACGGGACAGUGGACUUGUGCUCCUCAGCGCCUCCUUCUGGGAUUGUUAACCCUUCUCGCACCAGCACAAGAGUGUAUCAGCACCACCAAGACAAUAAAAGCGUUUGGAUUGUC